AUGGAAAGUUAUAUUCGAGAAGUCGGGGCAUUUUUGGGCGACUCUAUCGCACAACGUCCAUUGCAUUUUGCAAUACUUCCCAUUUGUUCCUUCUGCAUUUUUUUCAUCCCCUUUCUCGAUUCAUUCAGUCAGCUUUUUCGGGAACCAAGCGCAAUCGGUUCAAGCAAACUUUUCGUACCUCAAAACUCAGCAAGUGAACGCAACAAACAUAAAAUCGAGAAAAUAUUUCCGCAUGGAAUAUAUUAUUAUGACCGUACAUUUCUGUCGCCAAAUUUGCGUAUUCUCAAUUUUGAAGUAUUGUCUGGCUCAAUUUACGAACCUCAAUUUGUUGAAUUUUAUCGAAAUGUCCGAAAUAAAUUGGAACUGUUAAGUGUGAAGCAUAAUGACGGCAUGAUAAGUUAUUCCAACCUUUGCUCGAAAGUACCAGAAUAUGAACGACAUUGUUUUCCUGAUUUAUUCUUGUUGUCCUACACAUAUCUAACACUAUCACAACCUGUUCAAUAUCCCAUUUGGCACCUUCCCAUAUACAACACAUCUCAGACUAUUUUCAUGGGCACCACAUAUGGUGGCGUACAUACCGCAAAACAUUCCGGCGUCAUUAUUUCGGCUCGAUGUGUUCGCAUGAUUUUCGAUUUUCCACCACCUUAUCAUAUCACAAAAUUCGAUGAUAUCUGGGACAGUUAUGUGGAGCGUAGUUUGAAAUACCCUUCAAAUAUAAAAAUAACAAAGUGGAGCAGUAGCCAGUAUGAACGGGAUAUGAAAUUGAUAGUAGAACGAACUAGAAGCAUGCGGACUAGUGACAGCUUUUGGUUUUCUCCAUAUCAUUGGUAUACACCUGGUGCAAGUUGCACUACAAUCCCUGUUUUACUUACUGUAGCAAUCGGCAUUGACGAUAUGUUCAUGAUGCUUUCCAUUUGGGAACAUGCCAUUUCUUCAUCAACCAAUGCUGGUAUUGAUCGUUGUGAUCUGAUACGAAUAACCUUCCGAGAAAGUAUAGUAUCGAUGUUGUUGACAACAAUAGACAAUAUACUUGUUUUCACUCUUGGUUCACUUUCGCCUAUUCCAAUCAUUCGGACAUUUUGUAUUUAUAGCGCUGUUUCACUUUUCGUCGUAUUCUUAUUUCAACUCACAUUAUUCGGCUCUCUACUUGCAACAAAAGCUCCAAAUUCUCUUUGCAGUAGUUUAAUUGGUUUCUCAACACAACAAAGCUAUUCAGAAUCGAGUGGAGGAACUCAAUCAUCCAUACAAUCUGAACGUUCCCAAUCGUCACUGCCAUUGUUCUAUGCGACAAUUUUCAAAAACAAGUACUUCCUCACAUUCAUCUGCCUCACCUAUAUUAUCUAUCUAAUUGGUUCAACCAUCAUUCUAAACAGAAAAAUCGAUAUCGGCCUGCAACUUUCCUCACUUUUACCCUUUGAUACAGGCACUUACAAAUAUUUGAGAAUGUAUGAAGAGUACUUUUCCGAAUACAGUACACCACUGGAAAUAGUUUUGCCAGAUGAACUGGAUUAUUUUGAUAGCCAUUUGCAGUGGCGUCUAUUUCGUGCUAUUGCGAUUCUCGAAAAUACUAAUUAUACAAUGAAACCAACUUUCUGGCUUCCAGUAUUUCUAGAUUUUUUGGGGAAUAGAAACAAUACUGAACGAUUUGUCGUCAAUUCAACUUCGUUUCACGGAAACAUGACACGUUUUCUGCAACAUCCGGCAUACAGACAUUUUGCUGGGGAUAUAGUUUUUGAAGGCUUAUUAAUCAGAUAUAGUAGACUUCACAUGCCACUUUUCAAUAUCACUCGUUUGAACAGGAGAAAGGCAAUGCAUUUGAUAAUGGACAAAGUGAAAAUGGCCGAGAAGCAUUACUCAAUACGUUUUCUUACCUAUCAUGUAAUGUAUGAUUUGGCAGAGCAAGAUGAUUUAGUACCACACUUACUCUUCACCAAUGCUCUUUUAGCAGGGAUGGCUUCAAUCUGCACUAUCCUACUGUUAACGCCAUCAAUGAUGAAUUGUAUCCUCAUAACCUGGGCUACAUUUAGCAUCAAUUUCGGUGUAUUGGCAUUGCUGAAUGUUUGUGGAACUCAUUUGGACAUAAUAUCCACCAUUGUUAUACUUUUAAGUAUAGGAGGUACUCUAAGUAUCGUCUGCUGGCCAGUUGUUCAAGCAUCGUUUUCUACGAUAAUUGGUGUGAUAUGUAUAUCGCCUGUUAAAGGUUAUAUCGUCAGGACAUUCACUCAUGGCGUAUUGUUUGUUUGCUGCAUUGGUUUGUAUCACAGUAUUAUGGUAUUACCUGCUUUCCUCUCCAUUAAUACUUAUGGGCCCAAAUUGUUUUUUUUUUUUCGGCAACAUCAAUAUGUUGUUGAAAGUAAAUGCUAA